AUGGCGCCGGCGCUGGCGCUGCCCGUCCUGCUCGGCACCCUCCUGCCGCUGGCGACGCCGCAGCUGACGCCGAUCCACCGCGCGGGCUACUGCGCCUUCUACGGCGAGUGCGGCGCCAACCCGGAGGUGAACGUCUCGCUGGUGCCCUCCAAGCUGCCCUGUGUGUCCAACACGCCGGCGCGGCUCGCCUCGCCGCUGCUGCUGGCCCAGCUGCGCAGCGUGUGCCCGGAGCUGGUGCCCGCGGACGCGGCGGCCGCCAACGGCACGCGCGUCUGCUGCUCGUCCGCGCAGCUCUCGGCGCUGCAGCUCAGCGUGGCGCUCUCGAGCGCCGUGCUCACGCGCUGCCCGGCCUGCGCCCGCAACUUCGCCAACAUCUACUGCCGCAACAUCUGCAGCCCCGACCAGAGCCUCUUCACCAACGUCACCCGCGCCGCGCCCUACACGGCGGGCGGCGCCAACGAGAGCGCCGUGCUCGAGUACCAGUGCUUCUACGAGCGCGCGCUGGCCGAGGCGGCCUUCACGUCGUGCCGCGACGUGCGCCUGCCCGCCACGGGCGGCUACGCCAUCGACACCAUGUGCGGCCGCUACGGCGCCCGCUUCUGCACGGCGCAGCGCUGGCUCGACUUCCAGGGCGACAAGAACAACGGGCUGGCCCCGCUGCAGAUCGACUUCCAGCUGGUGGCCAACGGCACCGAGCUGGGCGACGGGCUGCGGCCGCUGGGCGGCGAGGCCUGGCGCUGCGAGCGCCCGUUCGAGGAGACCGGCGAGCCCUGCUCCGCCUUCGCCCGCUGGGGCGCCCUGGUGGCGCGACACCCCGCGGUCGUGCUGCUGGUGGCCGCGGUGGCGACGGGCGCGCUGGCCGCGGGCAUGGCCGUGCAGCGCCUCGUCACCGACCCCGUGGAGCUGUGGUCGGCGCCCGAGAGCCGCGCGCGCCAGGAGAAGGCCUUCCACGACGAGCACUUCGGGCCCUUCAUGCGCACCAACCAGGUGAUCGUGCGGGCGCCGGGGCGGCCCGYGGCCGCCUACGACUCGGUGGUGCUGGGCGCCAAGAACUUCAGCGGGCUGCUGGAGCCGCCGGUGCUGCGGGCGCUGCUGGCGCUGCAGGAGCGCCUGGGCGCCGCCGCCGCCACCGUGGCCGGGCGCACGGUGACGCUCAGCGACGUCUGCUACGCGCCGCUCAACCCCACCAACGCCAGCCUGGCCGACUGCUGCGUCAACAGCGUCACCCAGUACUUCCAGAACAACGGCAGCCGCCUGGCCAUGACGGCCACGCAGACCGUGGGCAAGCGCACGGGCACCGUGGACUGGCGCGACCACCUCAUCUACUGCGUCAACUCGCCGCUCUCCUUCAAGGACAUCACGGCGCUGGAGCUGAGCUGCAUGGCCGAGUACGGCGGGCCCGUCUUCCCCUACCUGGCCUUCGGCGGCUACCCGGACUCCGAGUACACGGAGGCCGAGGCGCUCAUCAUCACCUACUCGCUCAACAACUUCCCGCGCGACGACCCGCGCUACGAGUGGGUGCUGGCCUGGGAGGAGCAGUUCCUGGCCAUCGUGCGCGACUUCCAGCGCACCCAGGGCGCCAACCUCUCCGUGGUCUUCAUGGCCGAGCGCUCGCUGGAGGACGAGAUCAACCGCACCACGAACGAGGACCUGCCCAUCUUCACCAUCAGCUACGUCGUCGUCUUCGCCUACGUGGCGCUGGCGCUGGGCGAGUACACGGCGUGGCGCCGCGUGCUGGUGGAGUCCAAGGUGACGCUGGCGCUGGGCGGCAUCGCCGUGGUGCUGGGCGCCGUCUUCGCCUCCAUGGGCUGCCUGGCCUUCAUGGGGCUGCCCUCGUCCCUCAUCAUCCUCGAGGUGGUGCCCUUCCUCGUGCUGGCCGUGGGCGCCGACAACAUCUUCAUCUUCGUGCAGGAGUAUCAGCAGUCGGUGCGGGCGCCGGGCGAGACGCGGGACCAGCACAUCGGGCGGGUGCUGGCCGAGGUGGCACCCAGCAUGUUGCUGUGCAGCUUCUCCGAGGUCAUCUGCUUCCUGCUGGGCUCCCUCUCCUCCAUGCCCGCCGUCCGCACCUUCGCCCUCACCUCCGCCCUCGCCAUCGCCUUCGACUUUCUCCUCCAGAUUUCGGGCUUUGUGGCCCUGCUGGCACUUGAUGCCCGCCGAGAGGAGGCCGCCCGCUACGACUUGUGCUGCUGCUGGGGGCCGGAGAAGGGGGCGCCGGGGGGCCGGGGCGCCGGGCUGCUGCGCCCGCUCAUGCAGCGCUACUACGUGCCCCUGCUGCUGCACCGCGUCACCCGGCCCCUCGUGAUGCUGCUCUUCUUCUUCCUGUCCUGCGCCGGGCUCUACCUCCUCCUGCAGGUGCCCGUGGGGCUGGACCAGGAGCUGGCGCUGCCCAAGGAUUCCUACCUGCUGGAAUACUUCGCCGCCCUCAACGAGUACCUGUCCGUGGGGGUGCCCACCUACUUCGUCACCACGGGCGGCUACAACUUCUCCUCGGCCAACGGCACCAACGCCAUCUGCUCGAGCGCGGGCUGCGACGCCGACUCGCUCACGCAGAAGAUCCAAUACGCCACGCGCUUCGCCAACGUGUCCUACCUGGCCAUCCCGGCCACCUCCUGGCUGGACGACUUCCUGGACUGGCUCAACCCCGCCGGGCGCUGCUGCCGCGUGCACCAGUUCGGGCCGCACAAGGGCGAGUUCUGCCCGGCCACCAGCGACGCCCUCAGCUGCCUCCUGGGCCAGUGCCUGGAGUCGGCGCGGCGGCCCACGGAGGAGGAGUUCGAGCGCUUCCUGCCCUGGUUCCUGUACGACGCGCCCACGCUGCAGUGCCCCAAGGGUGGCCUGGGCGCCUACGACACGGCGGUGAAGAUGGACCCCAACGGCACCAUCGUGGCAUCGCGCUUCAUGGCGUACCAGCGCCCGCUGCGCUCCUCGCAGCAGUACACGGCGGCGCUGCGCGCGGCGCGCGCCCUGGCCGACAACAUCACGGCCACCCUGCGCCGCGUGCCCGGCACCGACCCGGCCUUCCGCGUCUUCCCCUACACGGUGACCUACGUGUACUACGAGCAGUACCUGUCGGUGGUGGCCGAGGGGCUCUUCACGCUCACCGUGUGCCUGGUGCCCACCUUCGUCGUCUCCUUCGUGCUGCUGGGCAUGGACAUCCGCUCCAGCGGCGCCACGCUGCUCACCAUCCUCAUGGUGCUGGUGGACACGGGCGGCGCCAUGGCCCUCUGGGACAUCCCCUACAACGCCGUGGCGCUCAUCAACCUGGUGGCGGCCGUGGGCAUCUCGGUGGAGUUCGUGUCGCACGUGACGUGCGCCUUCAGGCGCAGCAGCGCGCCCGGCCGCGUGCAGCGCGCCGCCGACGCCACCGUGCGCAUGGGCAGCAAGGUGGUGGCCGGCGUGGCCAUGACCAACCUGCCGGGCAUCGUGGUGCUGGCGUUCGCCAAGGCGCAGCUCAUCCACAUCUUCUUCUUCCGCCUCAACCUCAUCAUCACGCUGGCCGGGCUGGCGCACGGCCUCGUCUUCCUGCCCGUGCUGCUCAGCUACAUGGGUAGGGAGGCGGCGCCGGGGCCGCCGCGCUGA